GUGCCAACAAGCUUUCAGGACAUGUUCCAGAUGUUCUAGAAGGUAGUGCUCAGGUUCCAGAGUCUACCCCGCAUUGCCAACCACCCACCACCCCCUAGCCUCCAGGCUGGACCCCUACAGUUCGUCGCCCAAGCUGCAGCCUGCAGCUGCAUCACUCACUUGACAGCUUGAUAAACCCAAAGAGACCCCGCAUUCCCCAGUUGCCCAGCACAGGGUCCCUGCCCAGCACCCAAGCUCCCGCCAAGAUCACCCCCAAGGUGGAGUCGAGAUGCCCUCGCUGUUCAAGUCAAAGGCAAAGUCCGAGGCCAAGGCCAAAGACGACAUCCCUCCCCAGCCAACACACCGUCCCAAUGACAACAAUGCCCAAGAUGUCCCUCCCGCGUACACCCAAGACGUCGUCGACAUAACCGCCGCCUUCUCGAGCCUCAACAUCUCGCCCACGCCCCACGACCCCACCGACGAGACCUGCCUCGCCCACCUCAAGCUGCUCUAUGCCGUCCAGUCCCUCAAGGAGGAUGUCGGCUACACCGACGGCCUCUGGGGCAUCUGGGAUACCCGCGCCGAAGGCCCCGGCUCGGACAUCGAGGUGGACCUCCGCGACGGCCGGGGCCACCUCCCCGAGUCUGCUGCCGCUGGCCCAAGGGCAGACAAGACAACCGCAACGCCUUCCGACCUGCAAAAGAUCCGCCUGAGCAAGAUCCGCGAGAAGAGGUGGGCCCUCUUUGUCGCCCGUGCCGUCGACCGCUACGAGGCAUGGUGGAACACCUUCCCCAGGACGAUGCUGACCGAGGCCGACAUGGUCGAGGGGUCUGGGGCAAAGUACCACGACUUUGUCAACGAGACGGCGUACCUGCGUUGGACCGAGGACAUGCUGCCCCCGCUUGACGUGCUGAUGGUGUGGCACGCACACAUGCUCAACCCACGGGCCUACCUCGAAGACACCCUCCGCUGCGGCCUGUCCUCCCUCUGGGCCACCGGCAUGCCCUGGGCCCUCGUCUCCUCCGCCGUCGACACAGACUUCAACUAUAACGUAUCGGACCAGACAAAAGCAUCCUGGGUGGCCAACACCGGCCGCGACUGGGACAACGCAGACGAUGCCACGACCAAGCACAUCAAGUGUCCCGCCUGCAAGGUCCCCGUGGAGCAUCCGUGGACCACCUGCGGCGCACCCGAGAAGCCCAAGACACCCGCCGUCGGUGGCUUGGUGGGCUCCGGCUAUGGCGACGGCCAGUUCCUCCGCCCGUGCCCGUCCUGCCGCAUACAGAUCGACAAGGAGCUGCUCUCUGUUGCCAAGUUCAAGAGGGAUGCUCUGUCCCUGGUCGUCAACUCCAUACCCAUGCCCGGCACCAUCCUCGACCCCAUCAAGGGGAGCCCGGACCCGGUCCCAGCCAGCGCCCUCGGCCGCGGCUUCCCCAGGACCUUCCCCAACCGGCUGGUCGCCAGGAAGCUCUUCGUCAAGGUUGCGGGCCUCAUCCAGCCUGGCACGUCACCACGCCCCACAAUGGAAAACAUACGCGACCUGAUCGAGAAGAUCCUGCGCGACGCCACCGCCCGGCUGGAGGUCGAGGGCCAGCUCGCCGACGGCCGCGGCAGGAUCGGCACGGUGGCCAGGAUCUGUGUCCGCAGGAUGAUGUCGCGCUACUGGGAGAACUUCAGCCCCUUUGCCCUGGACCUGGGCGGCGCCGUCAUGAGGCAGGGCGUCUUCACCGCCAAGAUGCACCAGAUCGACUGGCUGCACAGCCCGGCGUGCCGCGAGACCAUGGCCCGGCUGAUCAAGAAGUACGAGCGGUUCGUCUCCCUCAUGGCCGACAACCCCACCAGAACGUGCGUCCCGACCCUAGACGUAGACCUAGCCUGGCACACCCACCAGCUGUCCCCAAGCGCCUACUACGCCUACACCACCGCCCGGACGGCCAAGUUCAUCGACCACGACGACAAGAUGGACGAGGACAAGCUGUCCGAGUGCUUCGCGUGGACCGUCAAGGAGUACCAGGCCCGCUACGGCGUCGUCUACAGCGAGUGCACCUGCUGGUACUGCGAGACCGUGCGGGCGGCCACCACAAACACCGUCGGCCGGGCCCUGGGCAUGUCGGACCAGGACAAGGCGGCCGAGAGCUUCCACGCCUCGGGCCAGGCGCGGCUCUGCCCGCCCGACAGGAGCGCCCACAUCUCGUCGCACAACGCCGUGCGCGCGCCCCCCGCCGCCUCCUCCGUGAGGGACAGGCUGGCCGCCCACGCCCGCGACAGGAAGUACCAGCAGCUCGAGCUCAGCUACCACAAGGCGUGCCGCAGGGCCGAGAGGAAGGGCCGGAAGCUGCCGCCCCGCGACCAGUACUACGACCACUGGGGCUACUCGUACUACAUGUACGGCCCGUUUAUGUACCCCAUGUACUUCACGCCCGGCAUGUACUACGGCUGGGACCCCGGGUACGUCAGCUCCGGCGGCUGCGAGGGCUGGGCCGCGUGCGCCGCGGGCAGCUGCUCGGCGGGCGUGUCGUCGGGUGCGUGUGGCGGGGCGGGGGGGUGCGGUGGUGCUGGGGUUGGUGGUUCGUGCGGUGGUGGAGGAGGCGGAGGCGGCUGUGGAGGCGGUGGAGGAGGAGGAGGUGGUGGUGGCUGUGGUGGUGGUGGCGGCGGCGGCGGCUGUGGUGGAGGAGGAUCUUGAUGGCUUGAAUCAAGAUGGAAUUGCCCUGAUGAGAUGAGAUACCCUUGCUGUGUUGAAAUGGUGCUGAGGUUUCCUGUAGCCACUGAAUGAUUGAUGCGACCCUGAGAGAUUAUAAUGGCACUUAUUUGACUCGAUCCGACGCGUCUUGGUGUGGAGGUUAAUACACGCUGAGACGUGUCAAGGUAGACAUUAAUUGACAUGUUCUUCAG